AUGGCUAACUCAAACACUGGCACUGGCGAUGAGGUUGGGGAAACGUUUCUUUUCAGCUCGGAAUCCAUAGAUAAAAUUUGUGAUCAAGUCAGUGAUGCUAUAUUGGACGAGUACCUAAAGCUGGAUCCCAACUCGAAAGUCGCAUGUGAAACUUUCACGAAAACUGGUAUGAUUCUCAUCGGUGGUGAGAUCUCCUCUAGAGCCACUAUCGAUUUUCAGUCUGUCAUACGACGUGUAAUUGAGCGAAUUGGCUAUGAUGAUUCUCGCAAAGGCUUCGACUUCAAGACUUGCAACGUCCUUACAGCCAUUGAGCAACAAAGUCCCGACAUCGCUCAGUGCGUUCAUGAAGGCAAAUCGAUGGAAGAACUGGGCGCUGGAGACCAGGGGCUUAUGUUUGGAUAUGCAACUGAUGAGACUGAAGAAUGUAUGCCUUUGACCAUCGUGCUCGCUCAUGCUCUCAACGAGCGCCUUGCAAUAUGUCGGCGUGAUGGGACUCUCCCUUGGGCUCGCCCUGAUUCGAAGUCCCAGGUCACAGUGGAAUACAAAAAAGACAACGGCGCGUGUGUACCGCUCCGGGUUCACACCGUCGUUAUUUCGAUACAGCACGAUCAGUACGUUAGCCUGGAACGACUUCGCUCGGAAGUAAUGGAGCAUGUGGUUCGUCAGGUUAUUCCCUCUCGUCUCCUAGAUAAUGACACAAUCUAUCAUAUCAAUCCAUCUGGUCGGUUUGUAAUCGGUGGUCCCCAAUCAGACGCUGGUCUUACUGGGCGAAAGAUCAUUGUUGACACUUACGGAGGCUGGGGAGCUCAUGGCGGGGGAGCUUUCUCAGGUAAGGACUGCUCCAAAGUCGACAGAUCGGCUGCUUACGCUGCCAGAUGGGUGGCUAAGUCGCUCGUUAAGGCUGGUUUGUGUCGACGAGUUCUUGUCCAGCUCUCCUAUGCUAUUGGUAUCGCCGAACCCUUGGCUGUUUAUGUUGACAGCUAUGGGACGGGGAAGAUGCCCGAUUCCGAGCUCCUGAGGAUUGUCAACGAGAACUUUGAUCUUCGGCCUGGUGUCAUCAUUAAGGAGCUGAAUCUACAGCUUCCAAUCUUCCAGAAAACGGCUGCUUACGGGCAUUUCGGUCGCAAAGAAUUCUCCUGGGAGAAGCCCAAGCUUCUGCGCAUCUAUCCACGCGAUGAGCUGGACAACUGA